GGUGGCUGGCAGCAGGGCACCGCGGAACGAAGGGCGAGGUGCAGUGUGCUGGAAGCAGAAACGCCUUGUCUUUCUCCAGGUAAAUUGUAUCAACAUGCCACCACAGAGGCCUCCCAGGCCACCUUGGCUAGCGUGUCUCCUGUUUUUGCAGUGAUGAAGCUUGACAAAGAGGGAAAUACUACCUAUUUUGAAAAGAAGAAAACAGAAUUAUACCAGGAAUUGGGUCUUCAGGCUCGAGAUCUAAGAUUUCAACACCUAAUGAGCAUUGCAACUAGGAACAACAGGAUCAUCAUGAGAAUGGAGUUCUUGAAGGCCGUCAUAACACCAGAGUUUCUUCUGAUACUAGAUUAUCGUAAUUUAAAUCUGGAGCACUGGCUCUUCAAUGAACUAGCAUCUCAGCUGGCUGGGGAAGGUCAGCUGGUCACAUAUUCCCUGCCCUUUGAAUUCCGAGCCAUAGAAGCAAUCCUGCAGUACCGGAUCAGCAAACUGCAGGGGAGACUUAACACUUUGCAGCCUCAGAUCCUUGAGACACUGGAAGCUCUAGUGGACCCCAAGCUUUUGUCUGUGGAUAGGAGUAAACUACACAUUCUCCUGCAAAAUGGCAAGAGCUUGUCAGAACUGGAAACAGAUCUUAAAGUUUUCAAAGAAACAAUUCUGGAGAUCUUAGAUGAAGAAGAAUUAAUAGAAGAACUCUGUCUAUCUAAAUGGACUGAUCCACAAGUAUUUGAGGGGAGUACAGCUGGGAUUGACCAUGCAGAGGAGAUGGAGCUACUGCUGGAGAACUAUUACAGACAAGCAGAAGAUCUUGCAAAUGAAGCUCGUGAACUCAGAGUACUGAUUGACGACUCAGAAAGCAUAAUCUUCAUCAACCUGGACAGCCACCGUAAUGUGAUGAUGAGACUGAACUUGCAGCUGACUAUGGGGACUUUCUCUCUGUCUCUCUUUGGACUCAUAGGAGUUGCAUUUGGUAUGAACUUGGAGUCGUCUCUUGAAGAGGACCCCAGAAUAUUUUGGCUGGUGACAGGGAUUAUGUUUCUUGGAAGCGGUCUGAUAUGGCGACGCUUGCUUUCCUUCCUUGGGCGGCACCUAGAACCUCCACUACCUCCUCACGUUCCUGCAGUUUGGAAAAAAUCCCAACCGGCAUCUGGAAGAGUGGAGAUAAAGAGCAACCUUAAGGCAGAAGCAUUUGGGCUGAGCAGAAGCGCAUUAACAAACCAAUAGGAACAGCAGGACUGACUUUCGUUGUUACAGGGUGGACUUUGGAUACUUCCCUUGCAUUUGUUCUUCCUUACUGAAAACUGCAAGAAUUUCUAUACUUGCUAAUUUAAUAUUUAUUUUGUGCCAAAAAUCUAUGGUGAGAUUUUAAUGCUCACAUGCAAAAGGAGAGAAACACAAGGGAAAACAGUGACAUGCUUUCCUCAGUCGUCUCUACCUCCACCCCGCCUAUGUUCCAUUAGGUUUCUGUAUCACAUACAAGUACUUACUCUUUGGGCAUUCUCAUUCCAAGUGUUUCUGCCAAAUACUUCUUUGCAUAAUGGCCUUUCUUAAAGAGAACAGUAUUUUCAGCUUAAAGGAUGAUCAUCAAUAAUUCUGGUUCCAAGCUGCAGAUUUAGGACUCUGACUUCAAAUGUGAAAGAAAAAUCCACCCCAAAAGUGGCCUUUUUCAUGGAUUUUUGAAGGCCCUAUUUAACUGCAGAGAGGAGAUGUUUCCAAAGCAAAAAGCAUACCUGCACCACUUGUGAAGCAUCACCUCUAAAUUGGCAAUAACCAGAAAUAAUAGUUUCCCUUAUUUUAACUGAGCAAUAACAGGCUUUGAAGUGUAACUACCUAUCUUGGGUGUUCCUUAACAAUUCAUUUAGGCCCCAAACUUACGUGGUUUUAGUAACGGGAAAAGCGGGAAGCCUAGUGUCCUGUGAUGGGCAGAAGGAAGGGGUAAAAUUCUUAUGCCUGCUAUUUGUGUUUUUUCUUAGGGCUUAUCUCUGAACUCUGAGGGCAUAGUUCUCCACUGGUUUCUCUCAGUCUGUAGCGGGAGCAUGAAAUCCUAAAUCAGGUCACAAACUGUCUUAUUUCUUGUUCGGGGUUUUUUAACCUCUCUCUAACAUACAGUGAGUAGCUCCUCACCAGAUUAAUCCACCAGAUUAAUCACUGUACUGGCAGGGGUUGAAAAGACAGAAACUGUAGGUGUGAACAUUUUUACUUAUGACUAGCAGGUCAAAAAUGGAAAUAAAAAGGUACAUAAAUUAAAAUGAUGCAGGCCUGUGAUCCUAGUUUGAUUAAAAUUGGUUGUACAUAAUUAUUUUCAAACAGUUGUUCUUGCUCUGCAUGUGACUUCAACUACAGAUACAAAAGGCAUGAGAAGGUGAGAAAAUUAAUGGGGUUUGCAAUGUUUUUGAGUUUUUUAGCUACAUUUUUUGCAGCCUUUUUCCUUAGCAGGUAGAGAUGUAAAAAACCUCCAAACUGAGCAACCCAGUGGAAAAACAACGGCUCGCUUACCUUGGCUGAUAAACUGGGAAGCCCAGUGUGUGAAGGGAUCUGGAUGCCAACGUUUUCAACCAAGUUGUAGUUGCAUUAGGCCAGGACUGAAACAUGUUGGUGCAGCUGUUUGGGAAGCUUUCACAUAAGCUUUCUGAGCUCUGUCUUUUGUGCAGAGAGGCUUCUGUGAACUGUAUUGACUCCUUUUCCUGUACAUAACUGACUUAAAGCACAAUAAAAGCACCAAGAGAAAAACACAUCUUUGACAAGACUGCCUUUCUCUCUACAGACAUACGCAAAUGUUUAAUGGUUUUCUUACAAUUCAAGUAAGCAAAAUUCAUUCAUGUGCAAUAAAAUUAGUCUUGAUUUCAUAUGCAGAAAUAAACCAACGCCAGCGGAGGCUGCAUGUUCAGAAGGGAAUGGCUACAGAACAUACUGGUUCCAUCAGUUUUCAUUUAAAAAGGAAAAUGUUUGUUUUUAUUCUGCCCUUAUAAAUACACUGCUCAUUUUGCCUCAUACUGCAGUUCACAGAUUUGUAAGGUAAGUACUGUGCUCCCAGUUCCAUAUGUUUACUACUUUCAUAAAGUUCAGAUUUUAAGGUUUUUUAAGUGUUCUGCUAUUUUGGGAAAUAAAGUCCCCAAAAUAGAUGUCAGAAUGCAUUAUACAUUGAGCUAAUGUUCACCUUGCCUUUUUAUUUUUAUUUUUUUU